AUGGUCUUGAUAGAAGAUUCAUCGUGGGAACCAAUCAAAGAGACUGACAAGCAACAAUUUUGCGUGGAAAUGAUGAAACGCCUCGAUAUUCAACGAAGGAACGAGCAGUUCUGCGAUGUUGUUUUGGAGGCGUGCAACGGCGAGGAUCUUGCUCGCUUUAAAGCUCACAGGAUCGUGUUAUGUGCAGCAAGCCCAUUUUUCUACAGUGCUCUUAACAGCGACAUGAAAGAAAGCAAAGAAGGACUUAUUAGAUUAGAAGAUACGAGCAAAGUUGCGAUCGAGGAAUUGUUAGACUAUCUUUACACCGGACACGUGGAUGUCACGCGACACAACGCGUUCGACUUGUUAAAGAUAGCUGAUUUCUUGGUGAUUCCCAGUUUGAAAGAGGUUUCAAGCAAGUUUAUGAUACAAGCAUUGUCUUCUUCAAACUGUCUCAUGGCAUAUUAUUCGGCUGUGAAUUAUCGGUGCAUCGAAUUACAAGAAAAAGCGAGGGAUUUUAUCUGUGCAAAUUUCGAGAGCGUUGUUGAACACGAAGAUUUUCUGAACUUAACCAUCAGCGAGGUGGAAGAGUGGAUAUCAAGCGAUGAAAUCAGAGUGAGAGGAGAAGAAGACGUUUUCCAGGCAAUUGUGAAGUGGGUAGAACAAAAGGGGAGCCGAGAACGUGAAAAAUUUUUUGAAUUAUUUCGUCAUGUUCGGCUUAUUUACUUGUCACGCAACUAUGUUUUCAAUGAAAUUUUACCACAUCCUUUUGUAAACGAAGACAAAGAAUGUGCAGCAUUUGUCUUAGAUGCAAUGAAAGAGGUUUCUUCAGGCUCUGAAGAGUGCUUUUUUGCUCAAACACCAAGAAACUGCCUGAAGACAACAGAAGAUUGCCUCGUUUUUUUGGGACCAAGUAAAACGCUUUGUUAUGUUCCCCCAGAAAACAAGUGGUAUCAGAUGGUAGACAAAACCAAGAGCAGGUAUAUGUAUUCUGCGAGUGCUUCUCAUGGUAAAGUUUAUAUCAACAAUGGACCUGGUUUUGAUUAUCCUAUUGAGCGUUUUGAUCCAGCCAUAAACUCAUGGGCUCCUCUGACAUCGUAUUGUGGCCAGAUGUCACACUCCUGUGCAGCUGUGGUUCAUUUCCAAGGAUUUUUGUAUGUGAUUGGUGGGGAAAAAAAGGGAGAGGUAGCAAAUUGUGUACAUAAAUACAAUCCAGAUACAAACCUAUGGCAGGAAGUAGCAGCAAUGAAUGUUUCACGAUCUUCACUGUGUGCUGUAGCUGACAAGGACACCUUAUAUGCAAUUGGUGGUUGUUCAAACAUACAAACACUGGAUGUGGUAGAAAGAUUUGAUCCCAAAAUGAACUCCUGGUGCAGAGUUGCUUCAACUCUAGAAAAGAGAUGUGCUGUAGCUGACAAGGACACCUUAUAUGCAAUUGGUGGUUGUUCAAACAUACAAACACUGGAUGUGGUAGAAAGAUUUGAUCCCAAAAUGAACUCCUGGUGCAGAGUUGCUUCAACUCUAGAAAAGAGAGAG